GAGAAGAAGACCAUCUCCUACCAGGGCUGCAUGGCCCAGAUCUUCUUCUUCCACUUUCUGGGAGGUGGGACUCUCCUCUUCCUCUCAGUGAUGGCCUAUGACCGCUACAUAGCCAUCUCCCGACCCCUCCACUAUGUCACCAUCAUGAACACUCAAGUGUGUGUGGGGCUGGUGGUGGCUGCCUGGGUAGGGGGCUUUCUCCACUCCAUUGUCCAGCUGGCUCUGAUGCUCCCAUUGCCUUUCUGUGGACCCAACAUCCUAGAUAACUUCUACUGUGACAUACCACAAGUGCUAAGACUUGCCUGCACAGACACCUCCCUCCUGGAGUUCCUUAUGAUCUCCAACAGUGGGAUGCUGGUCCUUAUCUGGUUCCUCCUCCUUCUGAUCUCUUACACAGUCAUCCUGGUGAUGCUGAGGUCCCACUCUGGGCAGGCGAGGAGGAAGGCAGCUUCCACGUGCACCAUCCACAUCAUAGUCGUGUCUAUGGUCUUCAUUCCCUGUAUCUAUAUUUAUGCCCGGCCCUUUACCUCUUUUCCCAUGGACAAAGCUGUGUCCAUCAGCCAAACUGUUAUCACCCCUAUGCUCAACCCCAUGAUCUACACCCUGAGGAACCAGGAGAUGCAGGCAGCAGUGAAGAGAUUAGGCAAGCACCUAGUGAUUUCCACUAGGGAGUGA